GAGGGCUGGGUUAUGGCAUGGGUCGCUGGUUAGAUGUUGGGCUGGAUCGUGGCUGAAGGAGGACUUGAAAUUCACCCAUGGCGUUUGGGUUGAAGGUUGGGGUACGGCAGGCGAGGAGGGGAGUGGCAGCACGGGCGGCGGGUAUUGAAGGGUCGUCCAGCGUGAGGGCAUCGCGGAAGGCGCUCCUGCAUACAUCUGGCCACUUCCAUUACUGGACGGGGUGGCUCCAGGGGUGUGGCUUCACAGUGGAGCGCCCGGCAUCGCCAUUCAUGUCCGGAUGCUCGUACAUACGGCGGAUUUCUUUUUGUUCAGUGCUGGCGGCGAGGGCGGUCGUCGGGAAGAGCAGGUGCUGGCGGUCGAAGGGUCGUCCCACAUGCCAUUUGGUUAUGCACCCUGCUGGUAACGUGGCGCUCAGACUAAUGGAGUUUGGGAGGAGCAGGGUAGAAGCUCUGGAGGCCGAGGAAGAGCCUGAUGCUGAACAGCAGGCCGCUGCUACCGUACAUUAUGUACCCACGUACUGGCGCACACCGCGCUGA